UUGUGCCCAUAGCCUUGUACUUGUAGGAACAAGAUAGAGAGAUACAGGGACACAGCUACAAUCCUCCCUUCUAGUAUUUCUUGCUCAAAUGAGUAUUCCAAACACAGCUUUUUCAUUCAAAAAUUAGUUUAAUUUCUUUCUGGGUAUGAAUAUUUGGUGGUGCUGUGAGCUGAGAUGCUCAUCUGAGCAAGCAAUGUUUGAAGUGGAGGAGGAAAAAACUAAGAGAAGAAGCAGCAGCAGCAGCAAUAGCAAUGAAGCUGUUGUUGUCAGAUAAGUUAUUCUGCCACUCUGUUUUUCUUUUCCCUUCUUUGCAGAUUGCAAAUUUACAUAAAACUAACUGAAGCAGAUUUUCCAUAUGAUUCUGUUUAAGAGAGUAUUAUUCUACCACCUAACGAAAGUUUCAGCUGCCACCAUUCCAGUGAAUCAUAUGAAUGUUUAUUCCCUCCACAUACUCUUGUUGUUAACUUUACAGAAAUAUAUGUAUUCAAUAAUGUCGUGAAUACAAGAGUUCAUAUCAUAAUUAUGCGAUCACGCCCACUGGAUGAUGAUCCUUUCCUGACAAAGUUCACUGGUUCUUACUUCUUACGCGGACUAGGACCAGAUUUUCCGACCACCAUUAAUGGCAUUAUGUUUCAAACCCCCGCUGUGCUGUCGUGGUAGAUAAUAAUACUCCCACCUUUUAUUUACCAGUCACGAGUGGUUUCAUAACUCAAAAUUUUAACGGAAAAGCCCUGAAACGGUGCGUGUUGGGCCUCCUUAUCACAGUUAAUAAGCUGCACUCUGUUUUUCUAGACGAGGCUUUUAGUGCCGCGACUGCUUUUGUAAUUGUGGCGACUCCUGCAGCUUUAUGGAUUGUAUAAGAUUGCGAGGCAGCCAUCCGCGCUGAAGAUGACUGGUCGUGCUAAAUGGUAUUGUUUGUUUAUGUUUUAUCAAGUGGUUUCAGUAUUCCUCUUUUUAUUUUAUUUUUAUUGAGUUUAAUCUUUGACGGGAUCGGAUCUUUGCAUUUCUACAACAUAUUUCCACAGGGUUGGAAGUUUUCUAUUUCCAAUGAUAUAAUAGUAUUCGGAGUGGUUGAACCCAUAUAUUCUUUGCUGCUGGUUUUUGUAUUAAGAUUGAAAAUGUUGGAUUUUCUAUGGAUUUCUGGUGGACAAUGGUUUCCCACAACACUACGUGGGCUGGAGUAUAUGGUUUUACUUACACCCUAAUUUUGGAGUCAUUGCACCAUCAUGAAAUAAAUUUCACAUUUCACUUACUUAGCUAAUAAUGUUACUAUUAUUUUCUGCAUUUACCUUCGUUCAAAGAGCUAGUCUAUUUUUGUCUGUUCCUUCAACUAAAGUGUUCCCUGACUAAUCCCUCGCUUUUGUUUAAUGUUUGAACCCCUCAUAUUCAUUAUAUUAAGGGCAUCUUCAUUAUGUUUGGACCUGGCUGGCUCGAUGCUCGCUCAAAAAUCCUUUUUAGCUUUAAUCAGGCGUGCAUCAAGGUGUUGCCUUGGCCUUUCUUGUUUCAGAAAACAGUACUACCAGAGUACCGGCCCAUUAAUCUUAUUCUUCCGAACUGGGCCAAUCGAUUGCUUAGCUGUCUGGCCCAUGAUUCUCUGUACAUAUAUUUAGAUGUGACCUUCCCUUUUAACUGUCAAUAACCGUCUUUCCCUCCACCCAAACACAAAAAAAAAAUAGGUAAGAAAGCAAAAAUAACCAUCUUUCACCCUUUUCUCUCUCUUCCCAAUUCCAUUGAGCCUUCACUGGAAAAUGGGGAAGGCGGUGGUCUAUCCCCUUCUAGCCACCGCCUUCAUCAUCUUCUUGUUCCUCUCCCCAAAAAACCAAGAUGACCGUAGCCGUCUUGGCCUCAGCCGCCGCCUUGGUUACAAAUUUCCGGCACCAAAUUUUGACCCUCUACUAACAAAAUUAGAGAGAGCAGCCAAUGAAAGAGGAUCAAGCGAUGCAGAAGAGAAUUCUCAUAUCGAAGACAUUCCGGAUGCACGUGAAUAUCUCGGGGAUGAAGGGAAGUUGAAUAUCACCUUGAGAUUGAUGUUUUUGUUUCCCUUGUUAGAUAAUGCACCAAAUGAUGGGUUUGUCACCCCAUUGGAGAUGGAGGCUUGGAAUACACAUCAAGCCAUGGAUCGUUUGAGUUACAGAACUCACAAAGAGAUCGAAUUAAAAGAUACAAAUGGCGAUGGAGCUAUCACUUUUAAAGAGUAUCUGCCCCAGUUUUCUGACGAAGAUAUAGAGAAAAACGAAAUGGGGCAUGGCGAAGCUGGAUGGUGGAAGCAGAGGUUCAUGACUGCAGAUGUUGAUGGCAAUGGAUAUCUCAGCUUCGACGAGUUCAACACGUAUUCAUUUUUCUGUCAUUCUUUCAUUUCCCUACCUCUUCCUUGCACUUUUUCUCCUCUUGCAAACAAUGCACAACUUGAAAUGAUCUUCUCUUACAGUUUCUUGCACCCAGAAGACAGUAGCGAUCGAGCAAUGCAGAGAUGGGUUUUGACUGGAAAAACCAAGCAGAUGGAUGAUGAUCAAGAUGGGAAGCUCAACUACGAGGAGUUCUCUCGACAUGCUUACAUUACGUACAAGAUUUACAGAGAGUUUGAAACUUCAGGGGAUAAUAUAUCCACAUCUGAUGAAAAGUUUUCUGAGCUUGAUUUGAACAAUGACAAAUUAUUGGAUGUGGAGGAACUGAUACCCAUACUUCAUUAUCUUCAUCCUGGAGAGCUUUCAUAUGCUAGAUAUUACUCUAGCUAUCUAAUCCAGGAGGCUGAUGAUGAUGGGGAUGGCAGGCUAACGCUGGAUGAGAUUAUGAAUAAUGAAUAUUUAUUUUACAGCACAAUUUACGAUGAUAGUCAUGAGGAUUAUGAUCAUUUCCAUGAUGAACUAUGAACAAGCUUCAAUUCAAUAUCAGGAGUAAUACUAUUAUCAA